AUGUCUGGCCGUGGAAAGGGAGGUAAGGGCCUGGGCAAGGGCGGAGCCAAACGGCACCGUAAGGUCCUUAGAGACAACAUCCAGGGCAUCACCAAGCCUGCGAUUCGAAGGCUCGCCAGAAGAGGAGGCGUGAAGAGAAUCAGCGGCCUCAUCUACGAAGAGACCAGAGGUGUUCUCAAGAUCUUCUUGGAGAACGUGAUUCGCGACGCCGUGACUUACACCGAGCACGCUCGGAGGAAGACGGUGACCGCCAUGGAUGUCGUCUACGCGCUCAAGAGGCAGGGCAGGACCUUGUACGGAUUCGGGGGUUAA